AUGGAUUCCAUACCCCAUUCUGUGGUUAUUCUUGACGCUUGCGACACAGACAUGGGUCAUCCGGAGAGUGGUUAUGCUUAUCCAAAGCCGGAAUUGAAACUUGAAUAUCCCCAGCAUAACGGUUACACGUAUGAGAAACCAACAAGGCCACCAGAUCUAACGAUACCGUCUUUUGGCUUUUCAACACCUCAACAGCCAUCUUACUCUACUUCAAAUAACUUCACUCAAGGUUACUUGUAUCCUAAACCUAAUGUGAUUUUUGAAUACACUCCGAAAACUACUAAAACUUUACCAUCGUCACCAACACUGCCUACGAACGUUUAUACUACUGCCACUACAUCAGCUUCAACAACGCCAAAAAAAUUCCAACAUUUGUAUACUCCUUCCAACAAACCAACCUAUUCAUAUCCAACAACAUCUACCAAACCAGCUCCACAAACACAGCAACCAACGAGCUCAUCUAAAGUCACAAAUUUUUAUUAUACAACACACGACACUAAAAUAACAUCUCCAAAAUCUAGUCAGUUCUCUCCUGUACUUGGUAAAACACCACACAUAAAUUUAGAUAAGCCUACACCACAAAAGCCUGAAUAUGUUUAUCCAACUACAAAAAAGUCGACGGAAAAGGGUUUUUCGUACCCAGCACAAGCAGUGAACUUUGAAUUUCCCACCAAGCAAACAACGCAAAAAUUCAACCCAUUUUAUUCACAACCCACGAAAUCACCACAAAAACCAGCGUACGCUUAUACUACGCCGACUGUGAAAUUCGAAUUGGCAACGAAGUCAACGCCACCGAAAACUCAGUACACAUAUACUCAACCUGCUAAAGCACCAGAGAGGACGACUUACUCCUAUCCUACUCCAGCAGUCAAAUUUGAAUAUCCAACCAAGCAAACACCGCAAAACCCUAGUCCAUCAUAUCCACAACCUACGAAACCAUAUGCAUAUUCUCAACCAACUAAGGCGCCAGAGAGGACGACUUACUCGUAUCCUACUCCAGCAGUGAAAUUUGAGUAUCCAACCAAGCAAACACCACAAAGCCCUAGUCCAUCAUAUCCACAACCCACGAAAUCACCGCAAAAAACAACUUACUCUUAUACUACGCCGAAUGUGAAAUUCGACUUAGCCACGAAGUCAACGCCGCAGAAAACGCAGUACACAUACUCUCAACCGACUAAAACGCCUGCGAAAACCGCUUACACGUAUCCUACUCCAUCAGUAAAAUUUGAGUAUCCAACCAAGCAAAUACCACAGAGCCCUAGUCAGUCAUACCCACAACCUACGAAAUCACCACAAAAGACAACUUACUCUUAUACUACGCCGACUGUGAAAUUCGAAUUGCCAUUGAAGUCAACGCCACCGAAAACGCAGUACACAUAUACUCAACCGACUAAAGCGCCUGGGAAAAUCGCUUAUUCGUAUCCUACUCCAGCAGUGAAAUUCGAGUAUCCAACCAAGCAAACACCGCAAAGCCCUAGUCCAUCAUAUCCACAACCCACGAAAUCCCCACAAAAAACACCUUAUUCGUAUACCACGUCAAUUGUGAAAUACGAAUUGCCAACGAAGUCAGCGCCACCGAAAACGCAGUACACAUAUACUCAACCGACUAAAGCGCCUGGGAAAAUCGCUUAUUCGUAUCCUACUCCAGCAGUGAAAUUCGAGUAUCCAACCAAGCAAACACCACAAAGCCCUAGUCCAUCAUAUCCACAACCCACGAAAUCACCGCAAAAAACAACUUACUCUUAUACUACGCCGAAUGUGAAAUUCGACUUAGCCACGAAGUCAACGCCACAGAAAACGCAGUACACAUACUCUCAACCGACUAAAACGCCUGCGAAAACCGCUUACACGUAUCCUACUCCAUCAGUAAAAUUCGAGUAUCCAACCAAGCAAACACCACAAAGCCCUAGUCUGUCAUAUCCACAACCCACGAAAUCACCACAAAAGACAACUUACUCCUACACUACCCCGACUGUGAAAUUCGAAUUGCCGACGAAGUCAACGCCACAGAAAAAUCAGUACACAUAUUCUCAACCGACUAAAACGCCAGAGAGAACGACUUAUUCGUAUCCUACUCCAGGAGUGAAAUUUGAGUAUCCAACCAAGCAAACAUCAAAGAGUCCUAGUCCGUCGUAUCCACAACCCACGAAAUCACCACAAAAGACAGCUUACUCUUAUACUACGCCGACUGUGAAGUUCGAAUUGGCAACGAAGCCAACGCCACCGAAAACUCAGUACACAUAUACUCAACCUGCUAAAGCACCAGAGAGGACGACUUAUUCGUAUCCUAAUCCAUCAGUGAAAUUUGAGUAUCCAACUAAGCAAACACCGCAAAGCCCUAGUCCGUCAUAUCCACACCCUACGCAAUCACCACAAAAAACAACUUAUUCGUAUACCACGCCAACUGUGAAACAUGAACUCCCAACGAAGUCAACUCCACAGAAAACGCAAUACGCAUAUUCCCAACCUACUAAAACGCCAGAGAGGAUCACUUACUCGUACCCUACUCCGGCGGUGAAAUUUGAGUAUCCAACUAAUUACGCACUGCAGGGCCAUGGUUCAUCACAUCCACAACCUACGAUAUCACCACAAAAGACAACUUACUCAUAUACUACGCCCUCUGUGAAAUAUGAAUUGCCAACGAAGUCAACGCCCCCGAAAACGCAGUACACAUAUUCUCAAUCGACUAAAGCGCCAGAGACGAUCACUUACUCGUACCUUACUCCGACAAUAAAAUUUGAAUAUUCUACAAAAACACCUAUUUCAUUGUAUUCACAGCCCACAAAAUCGCCAGAAAAGACAACUAUUCACUUAUCUCCUGAAACAGCACAACCGCUUAUUCAUACGUUCACUUCUCCUACAAAGAAGCUGCCCACCUCUCAAACGUAUUCGGCACCCACUGAAAAAUAUAAUCUACCGUCGAAACGCCCAGAGGGAACAAAAACUCCCAGUUACUCAUAUCCAGAACCGGAGAAAAAAUUUGAAGUACCCACAAAACCACCUAAAAAUUAUUAUUCACCUCCGCCAGCAAAUAAAGUAUACCCAACGUCAAAAUUACCACAAUCUACUCCUGUAGGUUACCAUUACCCCGAGCCGGAAAAAGCAUUUAGCUAUCCCCCAUCUAACAAAGAUGUUGGUAGUGGUUAUUCGUACCCAAAGCCAGAGUUACCAUUCAAUUUUUAAUGUGAUCAAAUAAUUUUAGAUGUAGUCUUUUAGGAGGAAUUUGAUGAUUUCCAUUAGUUUCUGAUUAAUUAUUUUUAUUUUUUAAUAGUGAAUGAUGAAAAGUUCUUAAAAUUUUAAUUAAAUAAAUUAUUUUAUUAUGUAAAUAAAAAUCGACAAUCUUGCGACAUUAAUAACAAGUCAUUAUAUAUAACCCGCGUCUUUAAAUAGUUCAUAAAUAUAAUGUAAAGUUUACGUGAAAUGAACGUUUUUCUAACAAAAUAAAUUUUUAGUUUCUAAGAAUAUUAAGUUAUUAGUCUAUAGAUAAACCGCGUGUGCCGAACGAAAUUAAUGUACAGAAAAAACUUUGCUUGUAGUUGAACAACGAUAACUAAAUAAAAAAAUUCUUUAACAAUAGACAGAAAAUCAUUUUGACGUGUCAUUCAAUUAAAUUCUUAAUGAUAUCGUUUUUUUUUUUCGGGAGGAGCUAAUGAAAAGGAACUACACAGAUGAAAACUUAGGUAAUUUUCUUCAAUUAAAGCGUUAAGUUCAGUAUGCGAAAUAUAGCGAAAGAAAGCAGUAAUAAAUUAAAAAAUCUUCAAUGAGAGAAUAAUCGUCAAAGUCAACCUAAUCAGAAAGAACUAAUUAAGAAGAGCGACUAAGCAAUUUUUCGAGAUAAGAAACAGUAGAAUCUCAGGGAUAUUUUCUGUUUCUCUUAACCAUAAUAGUGGUAACUCUGUCAAUUAGCAGCUAUUUGACUGCUUUCUCUUUCAUCCGUUGGGAGAAUCCGUUUACAGUGGUACGUGUGACCCGAAAUCGGGUAAGUCGUCUGAACAGGUGGAGAGCAACCGCAAGCUAGGAUUCCUGUGUAUUAGCAUGUCGAUGAUACUUAAGCAGAAAACGUUACCUAUUAAAGCUACUAUUAAGUAACUCUGAAGCAAAACUUGGAAAUGCCAGAAAAACCUGGUUCCUUUGGGAAAUGAAAUUAUACGCUUCGAUAUAAGGAAAAGUCCGGCUGACUUUUUCAUUGGGAUUAUUGAUUGCAUCGAUAACAAGUCUGACGAGUCUAAAACACUUGCCAUGUGCACCGCGCAAGCAUCGCGAACACUUUGCGCAGCGAUCGUAAGAAGAUAUCAAGACACAAUUUGUAUGUAAGCAGUCCACCACUGUUUAACAUAAAUAAAUUUCUAUCCUAAAAGUAUGUAAAGAUCUUAAGCGAAAACUGGGAGACCAAUAAUGAGUUUAUUACUAAAGAGCAAAAGUUAAAGGACGUGGAUGUGAAAGCGAAAUAAAAUAGAGCUGC